AUGUCAGACGAAGAGGACUCAAUGUCGGAGAUUGAAGAUCAAGAACAGAAUGGAGGAAUACCCGAUUACAUAAUGAACUUGGAAGAUGUUCCAUCAAAGCUCCCUUCACAUCUUGAACUUCUCAAAACUCGUGUUAUUUGCAAUAUGGAUGCUCCUCAGCAUACAGAUACCCUACAAUAUUCUGGUGUUUAUGCAGCAUUAGGAGUUGAUAACAGUGUACGAUUGGAUAAUUUCUGUAAUAACUUUAAGGUUGAAGUGAAGCGGUUUACAGAGGAUGACAUCGAGUUUGACAUGAUUGGUAUUGAUCCAGCAAUUGCCAAUGCUUUUAGAAGAAUUCUCAUAGCAGAGGUUCCAACAAUGGCUAUUGAAAGAGUAUAUAUUGCGAACAAUACAUCACUUAUACAAGAUGAAGUUCUUUCCCAUAGAUUGGGUCUCAUUCCAAUUGAUGCUGAUCCCAAGCUAUUUGAAUAUCCAGACAAUGCGGGAGGUGAAAACAAUGAAAAGAACACCAUCGUUUUCAAACUACAUGUUAGUUGUAAAAAGGGUCAUCCCCGUAUUACUGUGAAAUCAGAUGCACUGAAGUGGUUGCCUAACGGAAGUGAGCUUAUUGCUGAUAAUACCAACCCAAAUGCUGAUUCAAAGGCAAAAACAUUUACAUCUUUUAGUUGCAGUCAAAGCUCACUUCCUGGAUUCUCCAAAAAACCAAUUGCUCCUAAUAAUUUGGAUAUUAUAUUAGCUAAACUUGGACCUGGUCAGGAAAUCGAACUUGAAGCUCAUGCUGUUAAAGGCGUUGGCAAGACACAUGCAAAAUGGUCUCCGGUUGCCACUGCUUGGUAUCGGAUGCUUCCUGAGGUUGUACUCAUGAAAGAUGUUAAGGAUGACCUGGCUGAAGAACUUGUAAGUAAAUGUCCAGCUAAAGUCUUUGAUAUUGAAGAUAUUGGAAAAGGUAGAAGAAGGGCUACUGUAGUCAAUGCACGAGCAUGCACUUUAUGUAGGGAAUGUAUCAGAGGAGGGCAAGAAUGGGAGGAUCGCGUAGCACUGCGUCGUGUCAAAGAUCAUUUUAUUUUUACUGUUGAAUCAACUGGAGCCUUACCGCCUGACGUGCUAUUUACCGAAGCCGUGAAGAUUCUGGAAGAUAAGUGUGAACGAGUUAUUACAGAGCUUUCUUGA